AUGUGCCACUUUCAGGUCUCCGCACACUGCUGCUGGGUUCCAUUUUGUCAUAGGGUGCUGGCAGAUUACGGGCCUCCCAUAGCUGCUGCCAGGCCCCUAAUCUGCCAUGGGCCCCUGUAACGCCUCCUCACACUGCUGCUGCAAGGUCCACAGUGUCUCAUGGGUCCCUGUACCGCCUCCCAUUGCUGCUGCCAGGCCCCUAAUCUGCCAUGGGCCCCCGUACCGCCUCCUCAUGCUGCUGCCAGGCCCCUAAUCUGCCAUGGGCCCCUGUACCGCCUCCUCACGCUGCUGCAAGGUCCACAGUGUGUCAUGCCAUAUUACGGCCUCACAUUGCUGCGGCCAGGCCCCUAAUCUGCCAUGGGCCCCUGUACCGCCUCUCCUCACGCUGCUGCCAGGUCCAGGUCCACAGUGUGUCAUGGGUCCCUGUACCGCCUCCCAUUGCUGCUGUCUCCAACGCCACACUCUGCCAUGUGCCACUAUCAGGUCUCCUCACACUGCUGCUGGGUUCCAUUUUGUCAUAGGAUGCUGGCAGAUUUACGGCCUCA